AUGUUCGUAUGCUUCGCUACUAAAGCGGUACACAUAGAACUAGUGAGUGAUUUAACCACCGACACGUUUUUAGCAGCCUUCAAAAGGUUUAUAUCGCGCAGAGGGAAGCCUUCCCACAUGUGGUCAGAUAAUGGCACUACUUUCGUAGGUUCCCAUCAUCGUUUGCGCGAAUUCUCUAAUUUUCUUGAAAAAGAGUGCAUACAAAAUGAAAUCCAGUUAUUUUUGCGCGAACAGCGAAUAACAUGGAACUUCAUACCACCCAACGCUCCACAUUGUGGAGGACUCUGGGAAGCCGCGAUAAAGUCUGCAAAAUUUCACUUAUAUCGUAUAAUCGGCAAUGCUCAUCUAACUUUCAAAGAGAUGCAGACUAUUUUAUGCGAUAUAGAAGCGAUAUUAAAUUCACGGCCCAUCGCUCCAUUGAGCGAAGACCCCAAUGACCUCGCUAUUUGA